AUUUGUUAUAACGGUUUUAUAAAAUUCCAAAAAAUAUGCUCACAUACAUGUAUUUCUUAUCAAUAGAAAUAAUCUGAAACUGAUUUGCCCAAAAGGAAAUAAAAGCAAUGCUCAAAGGUUUAACUUUCAUAGCUCUGGAGAUUUGACGGAGUUCUCAAUUGGGUUUCAUUUAAGUAUCAACUUAGUCUUGGAUGUUUCUUCUAUAACUGAAGGAUAAUAAAACGAUGUGUUCCUGGUUUAAACAGGAUAUCUUGUUUCUUGAUCUUCCGUUUUUUUUCUAACUUUAGCACCCUGUGGAAAAAAAGUAAGAAAUGAAAACUACUAACACUAGUGUGUGAGUGUGUCUGCAAAAGAUAUGAAAGGAUUAUCGUGUGAGUCAGUGAAUAAGCCAGUUAUAGUGUGUGUGCGUAAGUCUGUGUUGAUACACUCGGGAACAUUAUGCUUCUGGUAUUAUGUAUACGUGAAGAUUAUUCUCUACGGACGAGGAACAGCAGACAUAAACACACAGAUUCAUAUCAACACACUCCAGGUGAGUCACUUUCUUUCUGUUCUGAAAUCAACAUGAUCUACAGAGAUAAUGAAUUACAAAGUAGUACUUAAUUUUAAAUAAUGAAGGUGGAUGGUUGACUUACUUUGCUAAACUGUGUAUGUGUGUUUCAGAAGAAUGUGUAGUCUGGAUGAGAUUUCAUUAAAGGUUGCUAUGGAUUGCGUGGAGAUAAGUUUGAGCGAGAAGGAUCCUGAAAUGAGGAUCCCAGAUUGCACCCAAAUAUUGUGUGAUACAAAGUAUUCAUUUACUCUCGAAAAACGUAUCAUGGCCGCAUGUGAAGAAGUGCAGCGGAAGAACAGAAAGGGCAAAAAACUCCCCCAGAGUGUGUGUCCCACUUGUCCGCCGUAUUGGCUGAUGUUCAGAAGCCCGCAGCAGAGUCGUGUGGGCCGUUCCGGAAGCAGAGAAUCAUGGGAACUGGGCCCACGUCCCCGCAGUUUAAGCCUGAAUGCUGCUGACUCAAAUAGACUCCGCCCACAUCGGGCUGCCCAGUUUGUCAUCGCUGACUCAGACUUCGAGGGCGGCUACAGUGAAGACGACGAAGGGUCAUCCACUGAGGAAGAUGCUUCUCGUAGAAAAAAACGACCACAGAGUAGUGGGCCACAGUCCAAAACUCACAUCCAGCGAGUGACCCGUCCCGGUGGUUCCUCAACCCGCCCAAGCUCCGCUUCUGCUUUGAAGGAAACACGGAAGCCCCUCCCCCAGGCGCCAGAGGGCGGUCCUCACACUUCCAGAGCCCCCCGCAGGAAACCUGCUUCCAUGAGAACCAGCGGGCGACUGAGCUCACACACCCUACUGCAGCAAAGACCCUCAUCCGCAGGACCGCUGCCAUCCACACGGCAACAAAAACCCACCUCUCAUGGCGUGCGUCCACGGACGUCUGCAGGGCUACAGGAUGCUUCUGCGGAUCUCCUCUGUGCUUUGAGCGAGGAAGAGAGAGACCUUCUAGAAGCUGUUACAAAGCACGGAUACACACUUCACACUGCCAUAAUGGCCCUGCAGAAGACCGGAACGAAAAGCCCUGACCAGAUUUUGAGUUACCUGACGUCAUGUGACCGUCUUUGUCGACUGGGUUAUGAGAAGACUCAGGUGGAAGAAGCUCUGGAGAUGUUUCCGAACUGUGAGAGCAAAGCAGCAGAGUUCCUGUUUUUGCUCGCUCAGUUCUGCGAGAUGGGUUUCCAGCAGAGCACCAUUAAAGAAGUUCUGCUGGUGCAUGAGAACCAUAAAGAGAGAGCUCUGGAAGAACUGAUGACCCGCAGCGGCUGAGACGACACGUGAGGAUCAUCAACCGCACAUACUAAUGAACCAUCACCUUCGUGACAAAAUGAAUUCAUUCCUAAUACCAUAAAACCUGAACUUUAUGACUGAAUGCCUAGCCGGAUGAAUAAAUACUCCUGUUUCACUAGCGGUUAAAUGAAUCUUCAUCUCUUUGAAUAAACCAAUAAUUAUACAAUAUAGUCUGUAUGGUUUUAAUUAUUAUUGUAUUUCUGUAUUCUCAUCACUAUGAAUGAAUCAUUCAAGGGUUAAAUUACCCACCAAAGAUUUUGUUUAUUGUUGAUUAAUUGUAGAUCAGACUCAGUUAUGAUGGUGAUUAAUCAGCUAGGUUUUGAUCUAUUGAUCAGACAUGACUGUAUUAACCAUACUAACAAUCAUCACUUAAAACUGAUGUGUGAAAAAAAUAAAAAAAUACCUGCUAUAAUUUUUUUUAAAGUGUUCAAACCAUUAUCAAACAUCUGCUUACCAA